GUUGGCGUUGGGGACAGUGGGACCCCGGGCAGAGGGACAGAGCUGAGGUUGGGGGCGGCGGGGAGGCCUGGGACGCGCGGGAUGUGCAGAGAGGGUCGUCUGCUGCAGAAUUGUCAUGGGAAAGGGAGAGGAUCAGAGGAGACAAGACACGCUUGGAGUCGCGUUGCAGGGGAAAGGAAGGAAAUGAGAGAACUGGAGAAACUCCCUAAAGGAGGCGACAAUUGAAGGAUUCUGGGGGUGAGGGGGUUAGAGAUUUUAAAAGCUGGAAGAUGACAAAAACACCUUGAAAGGGAACUUCGUGUAGGUGGAGGGCAAGCAAGAAAGCAAUAGAGCAAGCUAGGCUCAGAAUGAAGGGGUACCUUUCUUCCCUCUGGCUUGUGCCCAUCCUGGAGUGUGGGACGGAGAAAACGAUUUAAAAUAGGUAAGUUAACCCACCUCGACAAGAAGAGAUAAUGGCAGGUACAGAGCCCUGUUCCAAUGUUCAGGAGAAGAUUCUAAUCUUUGGAAUGCUACCCAGAGGGAAAUUUCUUACAAAUCUAAGAGAUGCUGGUGGAUUGCCCUGUUAGAGAACUUAACUUUUCCAAAGGUUUGGGGUUCUGGGUGAGCCAUCCUUAAGUGUAAUAAUUUACACUUUUAAGCUCCUUGUUGCCAUGCCUUGCUCCUGGUAGUAGCAUCUGGCAGCUCUUCCUAGAUUUGAGGGGGCUUUGUUGUAUAAUCUGCAAUGCUACCCUAGAGGUUGGCACUCUGUUUGGUCAUGCCUGAGCUAAUUUAGAGCCAUGGUUCCAGCCCAGAUUUCUGGUUACAUAGUAAGGUUCUUCUUACCCCUUAGGGAAUUAUCUGGUUAGAUGCAUGACUAACAUGUGAUACCAAGCCUGUCUAUUUUUUAUAAGUUUAUCAAGGGAUUUAUUUUGACUUUUUAGUAUGAAUACAUUGGUUGGUUGAUUUCAUUUUUAACUAGGAGUGCAUCCCUUGUUUCUUCUCACACCUUUAGGAGCCGAAGAGGGAGCAGCAUUGUUCUUGCGUGACAGAUGGGAGAACAGAACCAAAGAGAGGUUUAGUAACUUAUUCAGUGCCAGAUGGGGGUUGCUGUUUUCAGCCUUUGUUGUUUGAUAUUAGCUCUGAUCAUGGCAGAACAGAAAUGAGAAUCCAGGUCUCCUCAUACAGUUUAGGAUUUCUCUAUUCAGUUUUUACCUCCUUAGUCAAUCUUCUAUGUUGAUCAACCUCGCUCGUGUGCUGUGAGGAUAGACCUGAUUUUAGCCUAAGUGAAAAGCACUGUGGCUCUUGGGACAGUGGUUUAGAACCAAACAGGAAUGUGUCAAAAGUACAGAGAGGCUCAAAUGAAGUAGAAGGAUAGAGACCUGAGGCUGGGACCUACUUUGAGGAGAAUAGGAGCAAAGUUUAGGAAUAUUUAUAGCAUAGUGUAGAAAGCAGAUUCCUGAAGAUCCUGUUAUGAAAAGGCAAAUCUGAUUAUAGAGUCUGGAGAGAAGUAAAAGGAAGCAGGGGGAUAAAAUUGAUGGCAUACCAGAGUCUAGGCCCCAAGAAGAAAAUGUUAGGAAACAGUGUUAAUUCAUUCCCAUGGUUACUGUGAUGGCAUGAAAGAUAAAAUACUGAAUAAAUGGCAAGUGCUGACAUCAUUAUCAUUAGUUCAUAGAUCUUGGUUUAAAGUAUCCUGUAGAUAACAUUUCCCUUCUACAAUGAAUAUCCCUCAAUCAGGACAGAAGGAGGGCCAAGGGAUGUGGCUCACAUUAAAAACCUGGUUUCUUCUGCUGGAAAAGUUAACUCCUUCAUAUCAGUGCACAAUUUGCAGAACUUUCCCACUUUCCCCUGUGGUCUUUAUUGUUGAUCUCACUGCUGACAAGUCAAAACAUCUGUGAUCUGGACAGACACUGGGUGGAGGUAAGUGUGGCCUAAGGAUUGAUUAAUAGAGAAGUAUUUUAAGAGGCUUGUCUCUGUCUGUGGUGUAUGAACUUGCAACUAGGGGCUUAGCUCCUUAAGAACUUAAGUUACAGUAGGACCAGGUAGGGGGAGUCCACCAACCCUCCCCUCCUUUUUUUAGUUUCAAAAAAUUCUAGAAAGAAUAUUUUUGCCUAGUAUUUUUGGCGAAGCAUUAUGAGAAUCGCUCAGAAUGAUUCUUGCGACAGUAGACUUGAGGGAACACAUUUUGAUAGUUGGGAAAUGAGAAGCUAGGCCACCCCUUUGUUAGCCGGAAGAGUGAAGGGUCAAGAAGCUGGACCAAUACGUGAAGCUGCACUGAAGGCAUAUAGAGAUGAUAAGGAGAGACAGGUCAGAAGCAGCUCUACAAGAAAGCUUUGACAUCCCUGGCUGGGAAGGGCUGCCCUGGUUCUGGUGGUUUGGUACUUCUCCUUUGCUAAUUGGAAUUGUAAUUAGCAUACACUAGGACAAGGCAUAUAAAGCUUGAAGGGGAGCGGGGGCUUCACAAAGUGUUACCUGUGUCUUUUGAUGGACUUCUGGGAGCUGGCAGGUGGGUCAGAGGCAGAAUACGGGAUGGGGCGUGCUUCCUGCUGCCUGCAGAGUUGGGAGGGGGCACACACAGUCCAGCAGGCAGUGGAGAGGCAUGGCUCCUCCGUGAUGCAUACAUCUUAAAUCCACAUGGUUGACCAUAGGAUUCUUUGGUGCUAGGAAGUGAAAAAUUGUAGUAGGCCAAUAGCACACACGUUCAGUCAGUCAGUCAACAAACAUUUAUUGUCUCUCAAGCCCCAGCCACUGUUAUAGGCACUGGAGAUAUGGUAAUGAACAAAACUGACAAAGUCUCAUCUUCAUGUAGCUUGCAUCCUAGUGGAGGCCAUAGGCUGUAAAUAAAUCAUAAAUACAUAAUAUAAGGUAGUGGUAAGUGCUUUGAAGUAAACUAAGGCUCAGGAUGGGUUAGAGAGUGAGGGGCUCAUACUGAGGAUGACGAUGAAAAGGAUGAAAAGAGAAGAAAUACUCUUUCUCAAAAUGAAGAGGAUGUUGCCGGGGUUGAGGCCAGGGGUGUGCGGCGGAGUUGAAGUAUCACACUUAGCCCUAUAGGCAGCGAAAGGAGACAGCAGGAUUGAAAGCCAGUUUUCUGUUGACUGUGUUACAAACAUGUUUUCUACAUAGGGGGAUGGAGUGUCCUGGGGGCAGUGAGCAGAAUUACCAGGGUUCCCAUCUGGCUGGACUGACUGAUAGAACAAAGUUGACUGUUCCAACUGAAGGAGAGGGCUGAACCCCCCUCAUCGAGUCAAGUCCAUCUCCAUGACAACCUUCACAGAGCCUGAAGUAGUGUUCCUGCAGUCCCGGGGAAACGAGGUGUGCAGGAAGAUUUGGCUGGGGCUUUUUGAUGCUCGGACAUCCUUAAUACCAGAUUCCAGGGAUCCUCAGAAAGUGAAGGAGUUUCUCCAGGAAAAAUAUGAGAAGAAGAGAUGGUAUGUCCCCCCAGACCAAGUCAAGGGGCCCGAGUAUACCAAAGGCAGUGCCUCCACCCCAGUCCAGGGCUCCAUCCCGGAAGGGAAGCCCCUGCGGACACUUCUGGGAGACCCCGUGCCAUCUCUCUCAGCUGCUGCCUCCACCUCCAGCCAGGCUGUCAGUCAGUCUCAGCCUCGGACGUCCCAGCCCCGGAGCUCUCAGCCAGCUCCCCACUCCUCAGUCAAAAAAGCCAGUACGGACCUGUUGGCUGACAUCGGCGGAGACCCUUUCGCUGCUCCCCAGGUGGCACCAGCUUUUGCUGCAUUCCCAGCCUUUGGGGGCCAAACGCCGUCCCACGGGGGCUUUGCCAACUUCGAUGCCUUUGGCAGCAGCGCCAGCUCCUCUGCGUUUGGAAGCAUUCCUCCUGCUGGCCAAGCCCCGUUCCCGGCCCAGCCGGUGCCCCCAGCCAGUCGGAUGCUAGCGGGAAGUUACAGCUUUGGGAGCAGCCAAGCGACUCCAUUUGGUGCCUCUCCUCUUGCACCUGCCGGUCAGCCCAACAACCUGGGAGAUAUGGGCAGCCUGCUGGGACCGGGGGCAUCAGCUGGAGGCAUCCCUAACAGCGUCUUCGGGAUAGCCAGCCAGGUCCCCACGCUUCAGUCAGCCCCCACUGGUGGAGGCAGCAGCACAGGGCUUGCCUUUGGAGCCUUCAACCCCUUCACGGCACCUGCUGCUCACCCCCAGCUGCCUUCCACCAACCCGUUCCAGCCCAAUGGUUUGGCCACAGGACCCGGCUUCGGGAUGAGCAGUGCGGGACCUGGCUUCCCCCAGACAGUGCCCCCCGCCGCAGGGGCCUUUUCCAGCCCCUUCCCACCCGCGCUCUUCCCCGCCCAGCCCUCCGGGCCGCAGCAACCGGACGGCUCUUCCUUCGGAGACCUGGGACCCGCCAAGCUGGGGCAGAGGCCCCUGAGCCAGCCGGCCGGGAUCUCCACCAACCCCUUCAUGACUGGAUCCUCAUCAAGCCCAUUUGCCUCCAAACCUCCGACCACCAACCCCUUCUUGUAGCACUGUGUCCUGGGGGGGCCUGCUCUCUGGGCCCCUCUUCUCCCUGGAGCUCUGAUGACCACUAGCCUGUGGCAUUUCUGCGGGUCUGAGACCAGAUGGGUCUUGUUUUGCAGGGUGGGGGGCUGGGGAUGGUGGAGGUGCUGACGCUUUGCUUGGGGCUUGCAGAUCAAAGGGCAGCUCCCUCCAGCCCUGACCCAGGCAGGGGGCCCAGGAGGCGAGAUGGCAGGGCCUGGCCUAGAGGAGCAGUGGUGUUUCAUUCUGCAAAUUAUUAAUUAUGACAGUAAUCCUCUGUCCCUCCUGCCCUUCACGCCCAGCCCUGUGGGCGGAGGAAGUCGUGGGCACAGCCCUCCCCCAUGCCAGCUUUCCAGCGCUGUUCUCCUCGUGGACAGAAGCACAGUGGGGAAAGUAGGGCAAAGGGGGAGAUGAGGCGUGCAUGGUGUUGAUGUGGUGACCAGACAGGCGAGGAGCGGGGCGGGGGGGUGUCAGCACCCCCUUUCCCCAUGUGUUUGCUUCCCCAGCUCCUCCCAUGUCCUGGGCACUCAGGAUGAAUGGUUUUAGCUGCGUACUUACACAUGCCCAGCUCCUGGCAAGCACUUUAGUUCGCUGCGGUGUCAUGUUUGGAUAUCAGUGUUUUAUAUUUAUACAUAGAGAAUUUUCUAAUAUAGCCUAUUAUACAUACAAAUAUAUAUAUGCACACGCACGCACGCGCAGACCCCCACGCCGGCUCCCUCCCGCUCCAGACAGCUCCUUCCCAUGGGGAAUGGAACGAAUCCCUAUCUGUGCCUCAACCAGGGGGUCGGGGGGAGGGAGCCACACGUCCUGACCACCCCCAGAGCCUGGGCUUUUCCGGGGAAAGGCUUUGUGCAAUUGGCUGUUUUUUUCCUUUCUUUUCCUCACGUGCCUUCCCCAUCCUACCCCGCCCCCAGAUCCCUGCACCAAAGCUGUUGCAGGCAAUGUUGGAAAAGAACUGCAUUUGAAAGAAAAAAAAAAAAAA